AUGGCGAGCACGCUACCCCGAGCAGGGUGGCGCCUGCCGCGUUCCUUGGCAGCGUCUGGGAACGGUGGCAGCGGAAGCAGGGGCUCCGAGGAUCAGCGCCCGCUAGCGAAGCAGAAGGCUCUCGGAGGCGAGGCUCGAGCGCGCCCGAAGGUGUCGGCGGGCGGGGGCGAGGCGGGCGAGGGCGGGCCCGCUCGCAGGCGCAGAGGGGGACGUCGCCGCAGAGGCACGCACACGGGCAAGACAUGGGGCAGCAAAGAUCGGAACCUCCACGCUCUCAUCCUCACGAUGGCGAAGCUCCUCCUUCAGAACGCCCAGAAGAUACGUCGCUUGUCGGCCAGCGCCACGGACACGAUAACCCUGCCGAUCAAGCACGCCGUCGUCCAGGCGCUGGGCGACGAGCUCGAGCUCUACAAGAACCAGAUCGAGCACUUCCGCAAGGACAAGGCCAUGAACAGCCUGGCCGAGAAAGGACCGCCGACGGCAGGGCUCACAGUCGCCAUGAUGGAGAGCCUCGUGACCUGCGACAUCGGUGGAGCUACGAAGGAGAAGAUCAAGGCCUGGCUCGCCCUCGUCCAGCCUCCGAGCAGCGAGGAGAUGGCAGUCGAGCCCGAGAGCACGAAAGCGGACAUCGAGACCAGGGCGUCAUUCCUCAGAGUCGAGCCCUGCCACGACAAAGAGUUCGUCAAGCUCCAGAUCGCGAUGAACAGGUGGGGCCAGCGCACAGCCGUGCUCGGAGCAUUCCGAGCGGAAGGCGUCGACAAGGUGCUCACGGGGGUAGCCCCGCCAGGAUGGCUCGAGGAGGAGCUUGGGACGUGGGCCGGCAUGGUGCAGACGGCGUGA